CGCCCCGACUACACCCCUCCAGUGGGCUGCGCGGCAGGAUGCGUGCUGGGCUCGGCGUGCGCAGUGGGAGGUGGCGCCCGGCUGGCCGCGCGCAUCAUGGGGAACAAGCAGACCAUCUUCACUGAUGAGCAGCUGGACAACUACCAGGACUGCACGUUCUUCAAUAAGAAUGACAUCCUCAAGCUCCACGCGAGAUUCUACGAGCUGGCCCCCAACCUCGUCCCCAUGGACUACAGGAAGAGCCCCAUCGUCCACGUGCCCAUGAACCUCAUCAUCCAGAUGCCGGAGCUCCGGGAGAAUCCCUUCAAGGAAAGGAUAGUGGAGUCCUUCUCCGAGGACGGCGAGGGGAACCUCACCUUCGAUGACUUUGUGGACAUGUUCUCCGUGCUCUGCGAGUCGGCUCCCCGAGACCUCAAGGCCAACUACGCCUUCAAGAUCUACGACUUCAACACCGACAACUUCAUUUGCAAGGAGGACCUGGAGAUGACGCUGGCCCGGCUCACCAAGUCGGAGCUGGAGGAGGACGAGGUGGUGCUGGUGUGUGACAAGGUCAUCGAGGAGGCCGACCUGGACGGCGACGGCAAGCUGGGCUUCUCUGACUUCGAGGACAUGAUCGCCAAGGCCCCCGACUUCCUCAGCACCUUCCACGUCCGGAUCUGAGGCCCCGGCGGAGGUUGCGGGCCCCCAAGCCCACCAUCCUCCUCUGCUGUCAACACGGUUGUGACCUCCAAGCUCCCAGCACGGGAGCUGCAGCCUCCAGGGUUUACACCCACGGACAAUAUCUUGGCCCUUGAGCAAAAAAAAAGCCUUAACCAGGGAAGGGGGAACGGGAGGAGCAGGGCCCUUCCCAGGCCCCCCUGGGGUUCAGCCCCAGGACACACAGCCCCUUAGAGGCCUUCCCUCGGUUCCCCGAGGUCCCUGGCACCCAGUUUUCCUGCCUCAGAAAUGUCCCCGUGGGAGGGGAAGGCAGAGCACCUGACGGGGCGUGUGCGGGGGCGGGGAGACAGAGGUGGGGCGCCGAUUUGACCACGUGUGGGAAACAUACCCUGGUCACCCGGGGCAGAGAGAAAGAAAGAGGAUGAGAUUUUAAUGGGUCGUGCAAUCCCGCUGCACCCCCACAGCUGGGCUGCAGUCUGUGCCCCCCCCACCCCCCGUCCCCAUCUCCCCAUC